AUGGCAGCGGAGGAAUUCACCAACCCACAAUCUCCUGCUCACGCAACCGAAUCUUCAACAAUCCCCCCCUAUACAAGUGAAAGUGAUAAUGAGGAAGAGGAAUGCACCACAACUGUUUUAGAGCCGUCAACUGAUGCAAUAUCAGCAACAUCUACCACACCCCCUGCACAAGUUGUGGCUGCAACAACUACAAUAUCUACCACAUCCACUGCACAAGUUGUGGCUGCAACAUCUACCACACCCACUGCACAUGUUGUGGCUGCAACAACUGCAACAUCUACCACACCCACUGCACAAGUUGUGGCUGCAACAACUGUCUCCUCUGCUCCUAAGUCAGAAUCAGUUUUAGACGAAGAGAUGGCAGCGGAGGAAUUCACCAACCCACAAUCUCCUGCUCACGCAACCGAAUCUUCAACAAUCGCCCCCUAUACAAGUGAAAGUGAUAAUGAGGAAGAGGAAUGCACCACAACUGUUUUAGAGCCGUCAACUGAUGCAAUGUCAGCAACAUCUACCACACCCCCUGCACAAGUUGUGGCUGCAACAACUGCAAUAUCUACCACAUCCACUGCACAAGUUGUGGCUGCAACAUCUACCACACCCACUGCACAUGUUGUGGCUGCAACAACUGCAACAUCUACCACACCCACUGCACAAGUUGUGGCUGCAACAACUGUCUCCUCUGCUCCUAAGUCAGAAUCAGUUUUAGACGAAGAGAUGGCAGCGGAGGAAUUCACCAACCCACAAUCUCCUGCUCACGCAACCGAAUCUUCAACAAUCGCCCCCUAUACAAGUGAAAGUGAUAAUGAGGAAGAGGAAUGCACCACAACUGUUUUAGAGCCGUCAACUGAUGCAAUAUCAGCAACAUCUACCACACCCCCUGCACAAGUUGUGGCUGCAACAACUGCAAUAUCUACCACAUCCACUGCACAAGUUGUGGCUGCAACAUCUACCACACCCACUGCACAUGUUGUGGCUGCAACAACUGCAACAUCUACCACACCCACUGCACAAGUUGUGGCUGCAACAACUGUCUCCUCUGCUCCUAAGUCAGGUCUUAAGCAAUCCACAAACUUUGAGACUCUGAUUAAGGGUAAAGCCAUCGUCAGUCACCACAUCAGCUUCUCCUUCACGGCGUCAAGUUUCAUCGAUUGCGGCCACCGCUGCCUCGAAGACAGCUCCUGUUCAUGUUUCACGUACAUCGCCGAGGAGAAUGCUUGCUGA